CGUACAAAAUGCCAGCAGUAUUCUGAGCGGAUGGAUUUAACCUAUUUAUUUGAAUCUAAAAGCAAUGUUGUGAGAGUUGUGACGCGGAAAUGCCCGUUUUGACGAUGACUGGAGAACGUUAUGUGUUGUAACGGUCCGCCAAUGACGGAAAGUUGACGAACAUUUGAUCUAUUUUUUUUUAUUAUUCAACAAAAUAACGUGAUGCUGUCAUUAAUGAGAAACGCCUUUUCUAGUCCUCACGCGACACCGCGACGCGUCGUUUAGUGUUUUCUGAGGGAGAGUAACGUUAGUGCGCGUUAUUCUGAGAGACGGCGUCUGGUGUGCGUUCCUCAGAGGUUCAGUGUGAAGUGUGCGUUCUUCUGAGGGUCAGUGUGUAGUGUGCGUUCUGUUGAGGGACACAGUGGGUAUAGUGUGCGUUCUUCUGAGGGUUGAUGUUCUGCUGGCCGCUCGUGCUGCUUGUGAUGGGCUGCAUUCAGAGCAUCAGAUGCAAACCCAAGAGUUUCCGGGACAGCAUCGUGGUUCUGGAGGUGAACUCCUCCAUCGACUCGAACCCCACCAGCAUCGACGAGUCCUCCGGCGUGGUGCUGCGCUACCGCACGCCGCAUUUCCGCGCGUCCGCCAGGGUCGUGGUGCCGCCGGUGGCCGGUAAAGAGAGCUGGACGGUCGGCUGGAUCCAGGCGUGCAACCACAUGGAGUUUUACAACAAAUACGGAUCCAAAGGGAUGUCCAGCUGGGAGCUGCCGGAUCUCCGAGAUGGAAAAAUCCAAGCCAUCAGCGACUCGGACGGCGUCAACUACCCCUGGUACGGCAACACCACUGAGACCUGCACCAUCGUGGGUCCCACCAAAAAGGACACCAAGUUCACCGUCAGCAUGAACGACAACUUCUACCCCAGCGUGACGUGGGGCAUCCCAGUGAGCGACAGCAGCGUGCCCAUGCUCAGCAGCAUCUGGAGGGACCAGAGCUUCACCACCUGGCUGGUGGCCAUCAACCAAGUGUCGGGCGAGAUCCUGGUGCUGCAGACGGUGCGCUGGCGCAUGCGUCUGCACAUCGAGGUGGAUCCCGACAAGCCGCUGGGACAGAGAGCCAGGCUGUGCGAGCCCAUCGCGCAGGAGCAGCCGCAGGUGCUGGGGAAGAACGAAGCCAUCCCGUCCAACGCCAUGGUCAAACCCAACGCCAAUGACGCUCAGGUACUGAUGUGGCGACCGCGGACGGGCGAGCCGGUGGUGGUCAUCCCUCCCAAACACUGAGACCAAAAGCGGUCGGGAAUCACUGUGCUAAACGCCGUUGCAAAAAGACAAAGUGGGAAUAUUACGUCUCGGACGAACGGAAAGAGCAUCGAUUCACGCUGCCUUAAGUUUACAUUGCUUUCACUGCAAACGUUUCGCCUUAAACCGAGUGCAAUGCAGUAAACCUUGCACAUCCUACCUGUCCGUAGAUUUGCACUGGAUGUGACCCAGUUAGUCGUGGUCUAACGGGACUGCGAUGACCGCCGCGCACACCCAACCAAACGAGGACAGUCAUUAUGCAUUCAGUGUUUUCAGCAGGAGCUUCAGUGUUUUAGUUUUCCGUCAACCAGCCACUUCCAGUGUGUUUUACAAGAGCCGAGAGUCCAAAAAUAUAUCUUUUCUACUACAUGUAAAUUUGCGGUGUCAGUCAGUGUCAAGACGUCGUGGCCAAUCGAUAGAGCGAAUACACAAACGAUCCGUUCUCCUGGUGUUUGAAUGAGAUGCGUGUGAAAGGCUGCAUCUGCUCUCGUCAUCGAUCUGCUCCUCAAAUCAAACUCCAUCAGUAGAAGCUGAAAGGAGAAACGUGUCGUUCCCGAAUGAAUGCGCUGAGAAAAUCAUGUCCAGGCCACAAUUCUGCACAAGAACUAGACAUUAUUUUCAAGGCAGUACUACAGAUAUGACCAUAAUGUACCUCAAAAGUUAGAAAUAAUUCAGAUUUUUAAAAUGUUUUUGAAAGAAGUCUCUUCUGUUCAA